UCGGGCUGCGGGCGCGGUGGGCGGAGCGGCCCGGGCUUUGCGGGGAGCAGGGCGAAGGAGGCCCGGAGGAAGGGGGUCGAGACGGGGGGGUGGAGGUUUGGGGGCGCGGGGGGGCAGGCGGCCGCCAUCUUCUCGCCGAGGCCGCCUCGCCCGCCGCGCGCGCCCGUCCGGCCGCGCACGGGUUAAGGCUGGCACCGCGCCCGGCGGGAGGGGGCGCCCACCUCCCCUCCCCCCGCCCCGCGCCGGGCAUGCGGGGCCCGCUGGGCAGCGAGGAGGAGCUGCCGCGGCUGCUCGCGGACGAGAUGGAGAACGAAGACGAGAUGUCAGAAGAAGAAGAUGGUGUCCUAGAAGGCUUCGAGGACUUCUUCCCCGAGGAGCCCGUGAGCCUUCCCAAGAAGAAGAAAGCCAAGAAGCUCAAGGAGAGCAGGUCCAAAGGGAAGCGGAAGAAGAAAGAGGGGAGCAAUGAUGAACUGUCAGAAAACGAGGAGGACCUGGAGAAGUCGGAGAGUGAGGGCAGCGACUACUCCCCCAAUAAAAAGAAGAAGAAGAAACUCAAGGACAGGAAGGAGAAGAGAGCCAAACGGAAAAAGAAGGAUGAGGACGAGGACGACAACGAUGACGGGAGCCUAAAGGAGCCCAAGUCCUCGGGGCAGCUCAUGGCUGAGUGGGGCCUGGACGAUGUGGACUACCUGUUCUCAGAGGCCGACUAUCACACGCUGACCAACUACAAGGCCUUCAGCCAGUUUCUCAGGCCGCUCAUCGCCAAGAAGAACCCGAAGAUCCCCAUGUCCAAAAUGAUGACAGUUCUGGGUGCCAAGUGGCGGGAGUUCAGCGCCAACAACCCCUUCAAGGGCAGCUCGGCGGCCGCGGCGGCUGCGGCGGUGGCUGCUGCCGUGGAGACGGUCGCCAUCGCCCCUCCGCUGGCUGUGAGCCCCCCGCAGGCACCGCAGCCUGUGCCCAUCCGCAAGGCUAAGACCAAGGAGGGCAAGGGGCCGGGAGUGAGGAAGAAGAUCAAGGGCUCCAAGGACUCGAAGAGAAAGGGCAAGGGGAAAAAGGCGGCCGGGCUCAGGUUCCGCUUCGGCGGAAUCAGCAGCAAGAGGAAGAAAUGCUCCUCGAGCGAGGAGGAUGAUCGGGAGGAGUCGGACUUGGACAGCGCCAGCAUCCACAGCUCCUCCGUGCGCUCCGAGUGCUCCGCGGCCCCGGGGAAGAAGAGCAGGAGGAGGCGCAAGAAGAAGAGGACGGACGACGGCGACGGCUACGAGACGGACCACCAGGACUACUGCGAAGUGUGCCAGCAGGGCGGGGAGAUCAUCCUGUGCGACAGCUGCCCGCGGGCCUACCACCUCGUCUGCCUCGACCCGGAGCUGCAGAGGGCGCCCGAGGGCAAGUGGAGCUGCCCGCACUGUGAGAAGGAGGGGGUCCAGUGGGAGCCGAAGGACGACGACGAGGAGGAGGAGGAGGGCGGCUGCGAGGAGGAGGAGGACGACCACAUGGAGUUCUGCCGCGUGUGCAAGGACGGCGGGGAGCUGCUCUGCUGCGACGCCUGCCCCUCCUCCUACCACCUGCACUGCCUCAACCCGCCGCUGCCCGAGAUCCCAAACGGUGAAUGGCUCUGCCCGCGCUGUACUUGUCCCCCACUGAAGGGCAAAGUCCAGCGGAUCCUACACUGGAGGUGGACGGAGCCCCCAGCCCCUUUCAUGGUGGCGCUGCCAGGACCUGACAUUGAGCCUGUUGUCCCCCAACCCAAGGCCCUGGAGGGCAUCCCGGAGAGAGAGUUCUUUGUCAAGUGGGCUGGGCUCUCCUACUGGCACUGCUCCUGGGUGAAGGAGCUACAGCUAGAGCUGUACCACACGGUGAUGUAUCGCAACUACCAAAGAAAGAACGACAUGGACGAGCCGCCGCCCUUUGACUAUGGCUCUGGUGACGAGGAUGGCAAGAGCGAGAAGAGGAAGAACAAGGACCCUCUCUAUGCCAAGAUGGAGGAGCGCUUCUACCGCUAUGGCAUCAAGCCCGAGUGGAUGAUGAUCCACCGCAUCCUGAACCACAGCUUCGACAGGAAGGGCGAUGUCCACUACCUGAUCAAGUGGAAGGACCUGCCCUACGACCAGUGCACCUGGGAGAUCGACGACAUCGACAUCCCCUACUAUGACAACCUGAAGCAGGCUUACUGGGGCCACAGGGAGCUGAUGCUGGGGGAAGACGCCAGGCUGCCCAAGAGGCUGGUCAAGAAGGGCAAGAAGGUGAAGGACGAUAAGCAGGAGAAGCCUCCAGACACACCCAUUGUGGAUCCCACAGUCAAGUUUGACAAGCAGCCCUGGUAUAUUGACUCCACGGGCGGCACACUUCACCCAUACCAGCUGGAGGGCCUCAACUGGCUGCGCUUCUCCUGGGCCCAGGGCACUGACACAAUCCUGGCCGACGAGAUGGGGCUGGGCAAGACAGUGCAGACCAUCGUCUUCCUCUACUCCCUGUACAAGGAGGGGCACUCCAAAGGUCCCUACCUGGUCAGCGCACCCCUGUCCACCAUCAUCAACUGGGAGCGUGAGUUCGAGAUGUGGGCGCCCGACUUCUAUGUGGUCACCUACACUGGGGACAAGGAGAGCCGCUGUGUGAUCCGGGAGAACGAGUUUUCCUUUGAGGACAAUGCCAUUCGGAGUGGGAAGAAGGUGUUCCGUAUGAAGAAAGAAGUGCAGAUCAAAUUCCAUGUCCUGCUCACCUCCUACGAGCUCAUCACCAUUGACCAGGCCAUCCUGGGCUCCAUCGAGUGGGCCUGCCUCGUGGUGGAUGAGGCCCACCGGCUCAAGAACAACCAGUCCAAGUUCUUUAGGGUCUUGAACAGCUACAAGAUCGAUUACAAGCUGCUGCUGACGGGGACGCCCCUUCAGAACAACCUGGAGGAGCUGUUCCACCUCCUUAACUUCCUGACCCCAGAGAGGUUCAACAACCUGGAGGGCUUCUUGGAGGAGUUUGCUGACAUCUCCAAGGAAGAUCAGAUCAAGAAGCUGCAUGACCUGCUGGGGCCCCACAUGCUGAGGCGGCUCAAGGCCGACGUAUUCAAGAACAUGCCAGCCAAGACCGAGCUGAUCGUCCGCGUGGAGCUAAGCCAGAUGCAGAAGAAGUACUACAAGUUCAUCCUCACACGAAACUUUGAGGCACUCAACUCCAAGGGGGGCGGGAACCAGGUGUCGCUGCUCAACAUCAUGAUGGACCUGAAGAAGUGUUGCAACCACCCCUACCUCUUCCCCGUGGCUGCCGUGGAGGCCCCUGUCUUGCCCAAUGGCUCCUAUGAUGGUAGCUCCCUGGUCAAGUCCUCAGGGAAGCUCAUGCUGCUACAGAAGAUGCUCAAGAAGCUGCGGGAUGAGGGGCACCGAGUGCUCAUCUUCUCUCAGAUGACCAAGAUGCUGGACCUCCUGGAGGACUUCCUGGAGUAUGAGGGCUACAAGUAUGAGCGGAUUGAUGGGGGCAUCACCGGGGGCCUCCGGCAAGAGGCGAUCGACAGAUUUAACGCCCCUGGGGCCCAGCAGUUCUGCUUCCUCCUCUCCACGCGGGCCGGUGGCCUGGGCAUCAACCUGGCCACGGCAGACACGGUCAUCAUCUACGACUCGGACUGGAAUCCGCACAAUGACAUCCAGGCCUUCAGCCGCGCCCACCGCAUUGGGCAGAACAAGAAGGUGAUGAUCUACCGCUUUGUGACCCGGGCCUCGGUGGAGGAGCGCAUCACGCAGGUGGCCAAGCGCAAGAUGAUGCUCACCCACCUGGUGGUGCGGCCCGGCCUUGGCUCCAAGUCGGGCUCCAUGACCAAGCAGGAGCUGGAUGACAUCCUCAAGUUUGGCACAGAGGAGCUCUUCAAGGACGAUGUGGAGGGCAUGAUGUCUCAGGGCCAGAGGCCAAUCACGCCCAUACCUGACGUCCAGUCCUCCAAAGGGGGAGCCCUGGCCGCCAGCGCAAAGAAGAAGCAUGGCAGCACCCCGCCAGGGGACAACAAGGAUGUGGAGGACAGCAGCGUGAUCCACUAUGAUGAUGCAGCCAUCUCCAAGCUACUGGACCGGAACCAGGACGCCACGGAUGACACGGAGCUGCAGAACAUGAACGAGUACCUGAGCUCCUUCAAGGUGGCGCAGUAUGUGGUGCGCGAGGAGGACGGCGUGGAGGAGGUGGAGCGGGAGAUCAUCAAGCAGGAGGAGAACGUGGACCCCGACUACUGGGAGAAGCUGCUCCGGCACCACUACGAACAGCAGCAGGAGGACCUGGCCCGGAACCUGGGCAAAGGCAAGCGUGUCCGCAAGCAGGUCAACUACAACGACGCCUCCCAGGAGGACCAGGAGUGGCAGGACGAGCUCUCAGAUAACCAGUCCGAAUACUCCAUUGGCUCUGAGGAUGAGGACGAGGACUUUGAGGAAAGGCCAGAGGGACAGAGUGGACGGCGACAGUCCAGGAGGCAGCUAAAGAGCGACAGGGACAAACCCCUGCCACCCCUUCUCGCCCGUGUGGGCGGCAACAUUGAGGUGCUGGGCUUCAAUGCCCGACAGCGGAAGGCCUUCCUGAACGCCAUCAUGCGCUGGGGCAUGCCCCCCCAGGACGCCUUCAACUCCCACUGGCUGGUGCGGGACCUUCGAGGGAAGACUGAGAAGGAGUUCAGAGCCUAUGUGUCCCUCUUCAUGCGGCACCUGUGUGAGCCGGGGGCUGACGGCGCGGAGACCUUUGCGGACGGCGUGCCCCGUGAGGGCCUCUCCAGGCAGCACGUGCUCACGCGCAUUGGGGUCAUGUCACUAGUUAGGAAGAAGGUCCAGGAGUUUGAGCACGUCAAUGGGAGGUACAGCACCCCAGAUUUGAUCCCUGAGGGGCCUGAGGGCAAGAAGCCGGGUGAGGUCAUCUCCUCUGAUCCCAACACGCCGGUGCCUGCCAGCCCAGCCCACCUCCCAGCUGCCCCACCGGGCCUGCCAGACAAAAUGGAAGCCCAGCUGAGCUACAUGGAUGACAAGGAGCCAGGGGUGCAGAAGCCAAAGAAGCCCCCAGAAAUGCAGGCCCUGCCAGCUGCCCUGGACAGACUGGAGGGUGACGACAAGCGUGAGAGCCCAGACGGCAAGGAGAGGGCCCUGGAGGAGCGACGGGAGGAGAUGGAGAAGGCCCAGCCCUCCCCGGAGCAGCUAUUAAAAGAAGAAGUACUUCCUGAGAAGGAGAAAAUUCUGGAUAAGCUGGAGCUAAGCUUGAUUCACGGCAGAGGGGACAGCAGCGAUUUCAGGCCAGAUAACACCAAAGUUGAGGAGAAGGAACCCACUGAGGCACAGCAAAAUGGUGACAAAGAGGAAGACGAGGAGGGCAAGAAAGAGGACAAGAAUGGGAAGUUCAAGUUCAUGUUCAACAUUGCAGAUGGGGGCUUCACAGAGCUGCACACCCUGUGGCAGAAUGAGGAGCGUGCUGCUGUGUCCUCGGGGAAAAUCUACGACAUCUGGCACCGGCGCCAUGACUACUGGCUGCUGGCGGGCAUUGUGACGCAUGGCUAUGCCCGCUGGCAGGACAUCCAGAACGACCCGAGAUACAUGAUCCUCAACGAGCCCUUCAAGUCUGAGAUCCACAAGGGCAACUACCUGGAGAUGAAGAACAAGUUCCUGGCCCGCAGGUUCAAGCUGCUGGAGCAGGCGCUGGUCAUCGAGGAGCAGCUCCGGAGGGCCGCGUACCUCAACAUGACCCAGGACCCCAACCACCCAGCCAUGGCCCUCAACGCCCGCCUGGCCGAGGUGGAGUGCCUGGCUGAGAGCCACCAGCACCUGUCCAAGGAGUCCCUCGCCGGGAACAAGCCUGCCAAUGCCGUCCUGCACAAGGUCCUGAACCAGCUGGAGGAGCUGCUGAGUGACAUGAAGGCAGACGUGACGCGCCUGCCCUCCAUGCUGUCCCGCAUCCCCCCGGUGGCCGCCCGCCUCCAGAUGUCAGAGCGCAGCAUCCUCAGCCGCCUGACCAACCGAGCCGGUGACCCCACCAUCCAGCAGGGCGCUUUCGGCUCCUCCCAGAUGUACAGCAACAACUUUGGGCCCAACUUCCGGGGCCCCGGACCGGGAGGGAUUGUCAACUACAACCAGAUGCCCCUGGGGCCCUAUGUGACUGAUAUCUAGCCGUCCCCGAGAUUUCCCUCUGUUGCAGUGCUCAUUUCCAGCUGAGCCACGCCUGCUGGGCCACCUACCUGACCCCCACGGGAGAGAAAAGCUACUGCCUUUUUAGGAGCCACUUUGGGACAGAAAGGGCAAGGGAGCAGUGCCACCAUAUGGGGGAUGCGGCCCUGCCCGGCUGGGCCAGAGCCCAGAAGUGCCACCUCAUCCUGAUCCCAGUGCUCCACACAGUGUCACACCCACACCAGGACGGGGCCCUGGCUGCCUUGGCCAGAACGACUUCCUGGAAGAGAUUUCAUUUAUUUGUGCAUCUUUUGCACUUUCCUGUUGAAGACUUGAACGAGUUUGUCUUGAUAAAAGUUGAGUGACACAUGUUGGGGCCUAACCUGCAGCCCUGCGUCUCUCUGUCAAUGGGCUCCAGACCAGAAGGGAAGCUUCCAGAAGCCCUGCUGCUGGCAGACUUGGCCUAGCCGGGGAGAAUGCAGUGUCUGCCCUAGAAGCCCUCAGGGUGCCCCUUGCCCACCCAUCCUGCCUGUACUGCCUGACUGCCCAUGCUCUGCCCCUGCCUGCUUGGGGCCUCCCGCGCCAGGUGGGUCAGGGCUGGGGGGCGCUGCCUGGCCGGAGGGCAGAGGCCCUGGGUCAGGGCGGGGCAUUUAUUCCACCCACUUCCCUCCAGGGCUGGAAGCCACCAGGUACGUGCUAGCUCUGGGGGGUAGGAUGCUCUGUCAGCAGGUGUCUGUCCCUGCCCUGAACUGUGUUGUCGCUCGCAGAGGGCCUGUGGCCCCUGCCCUGCGUGGCAGGCUGUGGCUCGGGGACUGGGCCUGUGGCAUGUGCUCCCGGGAUGGGGGAGGGUCCUUGUGCACGUCUGCCUAGGGGCCUCCAGACCCUUCUUCUCAGGCCACUGUGGGAAGGGGGUACUGUGGUUAGCAUCCCAGCAGGGAGGUCACAGGGGCCCAGGAGCCCCUGGCCCUGCCCUGUGCCCUGGGAGGCCCCUCACACCCGCCUCUAGGUACGCACUCUACAUGCUGUCUCAUGGCUGCAGAUAUGGGGAAACCAGGCCACCCUCUGGAGCCCAGAUCUAUCUCUGUCCUCUUGUCCCUGGAGAGGCCUUGGUCUGGGCACUUGCCACCUGGGGCAGGGUACCCUGCCCUUGUCUUCUCAGGUGACCUGGGGAGAGCUCUGCCUGAGGCAGGGUUCUAGACCCAGUGGCCUCUCCCAUCCUCCCAGCUGGAGCGCUCCGGCUUCCUGCCUUGCUGGUUGCCAGGAAUGCCGUGGGAAUCCUGACCCGACCCUCCCCAGCUGGUGGGGUGGCCCCUGUGAUGGCCCCAGCUGGGGGCGAGGAGAGGGGUGGGCCAGGCCGCAGCCCGUGUCUGAUGCUCCCUCAGGCCUAAGCUUGCCUGGAAGGGGUCUCUGAGCUUUGAACAGGGGCUCCCUGGGGAGGGGCCCUGGGCGCAGAAUCCUGUCUGAGUGAGAAGCAGGUUGGGUCUGGGGAUGCUGGUACCAGGGGGGGCUUAGCUCAGCUCCCUGGCCAAGAUGGGGGCUAGGAUUUGGGGCUUGUUUGGGGGACACUUGGGCGACUGGCUGGCCAUCAAGAGCCCCAGAUGUCCUCAUCUGUACAUGGCUCUCUCUCAACCCCUGGAGGGCUGGACCCCCAAGGCCCUUCCAUUUUGGUAUCUCCGUACUCCAGUAUUGAAUUUCCAAGGCCGAGUCAACCUUGGCCUUGUGGGUGGGCCGGGUGGGGUGCAUCCUGGAAGUGGCAUGCAGGUUUCCAGGACAUGCCAUAACAGCGGCUGCCCUCACCUUCCGGGAAGGGGGAGGUCAUUCCAGUCCACUGUGGCUCGUCCAGAGCACGUGGACAUCGUGAGUGUUGUGCCCUCUGGGCAGUGCCUCCCUGCAAAGGUUCUUGGCUCAGGCCACCAGCGGGGUGACUGCCACAACCCCCACCCAUCCCAGGGCCCUGUCCUGCUCCCUUUUCAGAUUGGCAUCAUUGGGGACAUGCCGGCGUGCCCUGGCCACAGUGGAUGGGUCCUGAGUGUCAGGCCCGGAGGCACAUGGUGGCAGGUCAGGGGUCUGCAUCCCCACUGUCCCGCGUCCACGGGCUGGUGGUCCCCGCCCUGCCAGCACUCCCUCCCUGGGAGCUGCCCUCUGUCCCAGUGUCCCCCCUCCAACUCCGACCUCACCAGUCCCCCCUUUGCACUUCUCUGCCACGGCCGGUCCCCCGGCACUGCCUGGUCCAGGGAGAGCUCAGCAGUCCACGAUGGGCACCCCAGAGCUCGGGAAGGGGGCUGCAGAUGGUUGGGGCAGGGGCUUCUGCUUGACUGGUUUUGGAGAGGAAAAGGAUCUUAAGACUGUGUUCUGCUUGGUUCAUCGGUUAGCGCCUGUGGAGUGGGGGUGGGGGUGGCCACCCUCUUUGGCAUCUUCAGGCUGGGCUGGGUCUUCGCUGCUGGCAGGAUGAGGGCCAUAGUGUACAAGCGGAAUCCCAAAGCACCAGCCCACAUUUGUUUCCAGACACCUUUUUAUUUAAACCGGUGCCAAGCAAGGUUUUUGUCAAACUGCCUUUGGGACAGGGUCUUCUUGGGAAGCACCGCCUGCUGGGCUUCCAGGUGACAAGGGGGGUUUGGGGUGGACCUACCGUGUCCAGAGAGCCUUCCUCUCGCGCUUGCCCACCAUGGAAGCACAUCCUGAGGCCCCCUGGGCAGACCCUCCCUGCAAGCCACCUUCUGAAGUUCCUUCGUUUUCUGCAGAUUAUGCCUAAGGUCCUGCUAAUACCCUCCUGCUUGUCGGGGGCCCCUUCCCAGGGCCCUCUGGGGGCUCCCUGGCCUGGGUUGGGGGAUGGCUAAGUCUUGUCCCAGUGACACCUGUAGCCCUUGCUGAAAGUGGGAUCCAGGGCUCUUUGAGGGCCUGAGGGCGCGCUCGGGGACUGGAGUGCCUCGUGGGUGCCAGGAGUGAGGUGUAGAGGGACGGGGCUUGGUCAGGAGGCAGGGGCCGAGGUCGUGGCCUGGCCACGUCCUAGGGUCCCUCCCUGCACCUGCGGCUGUCCUGUGCCCACCACUCUCUCCCUUGAGGAAGCUGGUUCCUACUCCAUUUUAUAUUCCCAGAAGUUUACGAGUCUUGGUGCAUCAGCCCAAAGUCAUUGGCAUUGUGUUCUGGGUUUUUUUCUUAGUUUUCAGAUUUUUUUUAAACAAAGUAUUUUUUUAGGUGCAAUAACCCAGAAAGGGCCCGUUGGGUGUAUGUGUAUGUCCUGAACCCUGACAUCGAGAUGGCAGCCCGAGCCCCAUGGCUCCUCUGCGUUCACGUCUGGAGAUGAGGGAAGCCGCCCGCUCCCGGUGCGCCAGAGCCCCUGGGUGUGGGGACGCAGACCCCCAGCCCGCAGCGGGCCCAGCCAGGAGGGGCCGGGCCCCUUGCUCCGGCGCAGCCCCAGGCCAGUGGAGGGUCCCGCCUGGGGCUGGAGCCGGAAGCUGAGCCUGAGUGGUGACCCGCCAGUUCACGGGAGCACGUGGGGGGCUCGACAGAGAUUGUAGCCACACAAUCCCGACUUUGUACUCUGUGUCUGUGUCUUGGUUUUCUGUGUUUUAAUAAAUCCUUUGGGAAAGGA